AUGCCCCCCAUUUACCAUCUUCACGCACUUGUAACCCUCGCAACUGAUUACAAGACAAGCCAGGGGCACCUGGCUGUCACACAGCCAGAGGCAGGGGCGGCGCCUGAGAGUGCAGUUAGGAGGGGAGGGGAGGCCAUAUCUGGGGGAGAUGGGGGAGAUGAUGUGGCCGGCGCAGGAGAGUGGGGAGGGGAGGCUGCAUCUGGAGGUGGAGGCGAGGCAACAGCUGGAGCAGGUGGGAAAAGGAAGGUCACAUCUGGGGGAGGUGGGAGGGGAAAUGAUGUGGCAGGUGCAGGGGUUGGGGGUGCGGACGCUCUAUUUGGAGGUGGGGGGGAGGUUAAUACCCCCGGGGGAGGCGGUUGGGAGCGUUUUACACCCAGGGGGGGUGGGGGAGAGCGAUUUGUACGCGGGGGAGGGGGAGGCGGGGGAGAACGUCUAGUACCAGGAACAGGUGGUGGGGAGCGUUUAGUAUCUGGAGGGGGCGGUGGGGGGCGUUUUAUACGCGGAGGAGGUGGUGGGGGGCGUUUUAUACCUGGGAGGGGGGUUGGAGAGGCUGGGGGAGGCGGCGGGGAGACUGUAUCUGGUGGGGGCGGUGGGGAGGCUGUAUCUGGUGGGGGCGGUGGGGAGGCUGUCACCACUGCUGCCACAACAGGAACAUGCCGAACUGGUUGGGGGUGA